UCCCGCUUCCAGCGCCCGCCGGUGCCGCCGGCAGGGAAGCGAAGGGAAGGCGGCGCAGCGAAGGUGUCGGUGCUCGGGAAAGAGCCCUCGACCCACCGGCUGUGGAUUCACAUCGGGGGGUCAGACACGUCUUCACCCGGAAAAAAAAUCCUGGGGUUAAAUGUUCCACCAAGUGAGAAGAGUGAUGACCAUCCUUUUCUUUACUAUGGUUAUCUCCUACUUCACUUGCAUGAAAGCUGCCCCGAUGAAAGAGGCCAGCCUGAGAGGACAAGGCAGCUUGGCUCACCCAGGUCUGCGGCCCCACGGGACUCUGGAGAGCAUCGGCGGGCCCGGCGCCGGCUCCAGGGGACUGACGUCGCUGGCAGACACCUUUGAGCACGUGCUAGAGGAGCUCCUGGACGAGGAGCAGGACAUGCCGCCCAGCCAGGGGAGCAAGGACGCCGACUUGUACACGUCCCGGGUCAUGCUGAGCAGCCAAGUGCCUUUGGAACCCCCGCUGCUCUUCCUGCUCGAGGAGUACAAAAGCUACCUGGAUGCCGCCAACAUGUCCAUGCGCGUGCGGCGCCACUCCGACCCGGCGCGCCGCGGGGAGCUGAGCGUGUGCGACAGCACCAGCGAGUGGGUGACGGCCGCCGAGAAAAAGACUGCGGUGGACAUGUCCGGGGCCACCGUCACCGUCCUGGAGAAAGUUCCAGUGCCCAAAGGCCAGCUGAAGCAAUACUUCUACGAGACCAAAUGCAACCCCAAGGGGUACACAAAGGAGGGCUGCAGGGGCAUUGACAAGAGGCACUGGAACUCUCAGUGCCGAACUACCCAGUCUUACGUGAGAGCUCUCACCAUGGAUAACAAAAAGAGAGUUGGCUGGCGCUUCAUAAGGAUAGACACUUCUUGUGUAUGUACAUUGACCAUUAAGAGGGGAAGAUAGUGGGUUCGUGUUGUAUAGAUUAUAUUGAGACAAAAUUAUCUAUUUGUAUAUAUACAUAACAGGGUAAAUUAUUCGGUAAAAAAUAAUUUUAUGGACUGCAUGUACGACUGAAGUUUAUACAGUACAGUGGUUACACGAUCUAUUUAUUGAACGUAUCCAUGACCUGAAGGGGAACAAUAGUCACUUGCGCACAAGUUUAAACAAACAGAAAAAAGGUUAAAAAAAAAAAAAAAGAGAAAAGCAAACAAAAAAGUCUGCAUUACAUUCCUCCAUAACGCUGUGGUUUGUUGCCGUUGCCAAGAAUUGAAAAUAUGAAAAAUUUUUUAAAAAAAGAAUAAAAUUGCAUGCUGCUUCAAUUGUGAAUUAAUGAUAAACGGUCCUCUUUCAGAAAAAUAAAUCGAACCAAAACAUUCUGUUUACAUUUUAGACAGUAAGUAUCUUUAGUCUGUUAGUAUAUAUGUUUACUGCUUCUAACUUCUGAUAGCGUUGAAAUUAAAACAAUGUCAAGGUGCUGUUGUCAUAGUUUUACUGUUUCUCUUUUACUUUUCAAUUCCCAUCAGAUUGAAAAAGAAAGAAAUCAUUACCUUAUUCUGGAUUAGAAAAUAAUUUGGUUUUUUUGUAUGUUGUGAAGGUGUUUGCAAUAGCAGUCCGACUACUGACAAAAAAUAAUAAAAAGAGGCAACUGAAAAAGAAUGGUGAUUUUCCACUUCACAUUGUUGAACUUCAGGCUUAAAGACAACACUUAUUUAGCUGUAUGGCAACAUGCUUUUUUGGUUGUUGGGGGGGUGGUUUG